AUGGAAAUAAAUCAUGACUACGUGCUUUCACAACUGUGGAAUGGUGAAAACUCGUUGGAGGUUAUUGACUAUUCACCAGUUAUUCUUCAGUUUCCGUUAUUGAUUAGAUAUCAAUUUCGAACGAAUGAAAGUUUACAUUCCUUAAGAAUAGUACUAAACAAUUUCGCUGAUAUAUUCACAUUAUUACCAUUUACACCGAAUUUAACCUGCUUAAACCUUCAAACAUAUCCACCGAUCCAAUUUAAUACGAAUGCAGGAGGAUUAAAACUGAAAUUGAAAGAAUUUCAUCUAAAAUUCUACAAUGAACCAGGUCGAGUAAUUUGUUUCGAUCGUCUACUCGAUGUGAUAAACCAAAUAUCUUCGACAUUAGUUUGCUUAUCAUUAAAUUUAAGUGAAUCAUUUCUUGACAGUGGAACUGACUCCGUACCAUUUGAUCAUCUGAAAUUAAAGCAAUAUAUGGAAACAAUGAAUAAAUUGAGCGAAUUCCAUCUGUAUGCUAAGUUACAACCUAACCAAACCAAACAAAAUCAACGAAUCCUUCUCGAUUUGAAAAAACAACAACUGUUGUCGGACCGAAAUGUAUUCUUUGGAGUAUACAAUAAUUAUUUCUAUACAUUACCAUUCUAUUUUGAUUAUCUUCAUGAGAUUGAUUCGAAUAUUCAUGAAAAUCUGAAAGAUCCUGGUGAAUCAUGGCACAAUGUACGAUACGUUCAUUUAAAUUUCACAUUGCACUAUGAUGAGCAUAUUAUAAGCGUCUUAAAGUCUAAAAUGCCGAAAUUAAUGGUCAUUCUGUGGAGAAAGGAGUCCCAAUCAAAUCGAACAUAUGAAGAGAUAAGAAAUAUCAUGGCCAAUUAUAUUCGAAUAUUUCAUUCUAAUCGCCAAGAUUUUUCGAGUGACUCAAAGAAAGAUUGGUAUGCGUUCAGAUUAAAUACUCCUUUACACUUGUAUCUACAAAAUGAAGAGGUGACUCUUGCUAUUAAGAAAGCAAUGACACAGUGCAGUUGUGUCACACAUAAUGGACUUGUGAGGUUAAGCAAAAUCAAUCGGUUUCAUUUGUCAUCUUUUUCUCAUGUGGACUUUUCUGUGGAUAGACACGGCGCAUCGCUAGAGUGGUAUGCCGAUAUCCUUACUAAGAUAGUGCAAACUUUUCAACAUCUAGAGACGAUUAAAGUAUUCGUGGAUGAUCAAUCGAGCGCUAAUGAGCUGAUUGAAAAUUUGCAUAUGAAUCGUGGAAGUUUUCGAAACUUUGUGCUUAAGCGUUACUCGGAAUCUUUUUUAUUGAAGAAAAUAAAUUAA